AUGACAACUCAUAUCCAUCCAAGCGGACAGGUGUCCAGUCCGGCCGAUUCCACUGAGUGCAAAGACAAGACAGGAGUCUCGUCUCGACGGCUGAAGAAGCGAGAAAUCGACCGACGAUGUCAGCGGCAAGCUCGCGAACGCACCAAGGCGCGGAUUUCCUACCUGGAAGGCCUCGUCGACGACUUUCGCCGGCAGGAUUCCAGUGGUCAAGUGGCAUCCUUGAUGAAACAGCUACAAGAUGUGGAAGCUGAGCGCGACGUGCUGGCAAAGACGUUGAAGGACAUCCAGAAAGCCAUGGAUAUACACAAAGCGGUAAAGCCGGCCCUGGAGCAGGUGCAGGCAAACAGCAUACCCACGUCUCAUGGGAUGUCGGAAGCCGUCAGCGUGGGGCGCAAAGCCGACAUCACUCCCUUCUCGGAUGACAUUUCUCUUCGCCUGAAGGCCGAGAGUGUCGAUGUGCGCCCGGCAAACAUCCCAGCGCGCAGUUUCGACCUGGGGAACUACUACUCACCGGCCGGACAUCAAGCUCUCGUGCCAUCCAAGCCAGCCAAGAACCCGGUUUCGAUUCCUCCUGCGCGGUAUGCCGAUCUUUGGGCCUUGCCCAGAAACACUUGCUCUUGCCUUGGGCGCCACGACCGUGAUCGUGACCGUCAACCGGGUCGUCGGUUCAUGUGGCGGGGCAGCUACUGGACAUUUGCCAACGAAGUCAUGUGCGAGCGGUUUGAGUGGACGGACGUCGAGCCUGCCGCAGAAGCCACGGCCCACGAUGUACCAGUCCGAGCGUUACUGGAGGGAUGGGAUUCUGUGGCAAGAAGAGGUCCAUUACAUCCUUCGUGGCAGACCCUGCGGCGCAUUGAUGAGACCUUGUUCUCCACCCUCCCCAACACCGAACGUCUGGCCAUCCUGAGAGCCAUGCAUCUGCUUCUACAGUUCCACACCGAGUCAACAACAGAGCGCUAUGCCCGUCUACCGCCGUGGUAUAUGCGUCGGCCGUCACAGAACCUGGCCCACUCAUACGCCAUUGACUUUUUCGCCUGGCCUGGCCUACGAGAACGUUUUAUCUUCAACGAACAUGACUAUUGUGGGAACGAGUUCUGGCACGCCUUCCGCGAGAACUUGCGGAUCCUGUGGCCUUAUGAAUUCCGGGAUUGCUACACCUGUGAGGUCGAGACGGGAUUGUACAAGCUAUCACCCAUGUUCGACCAGCGCUUGGUUGACAUCAGAUCCUGGACGAUGGAUUCGGAUUUCUUCCGACGGUUUCCCGAGUUGUCUAGUGAUAUCCCCGCGUUCAAUAAGAUUCCGCAGUCUGUAAGUCCCAGGGUAUGUCCGGGUCAGAAGAAUUUGCUCGCCAAUCCGUCGUCACCAAAGAUGCAUGAGUCUGAAAGCGUCUACGAAGAAGAGCACGUCGAGGAGAGACCCCCUUCAGAGAUGAUUCCUGUCCCCAGUCAGAAUCCGCAGAUGCACCUUCAGGGACAUCAAUACCCGCAUUUCACCCAGAAGCAGGUGCAGGUGCAGAAUCUUCCUCGACAGCAAGACCUUAAUCAUCCCCGAAGUCAGACGCCGGGGCAGAAUCUGCAUCGACCACAAGAUAUGAAUCAGCACAUGUACGAUAUUUCGGAUCUCAAUUCCAUCAUGGCCCUCGAUGCAUUUGCCUAUGGAGCCAUCAGCGAACUCGACGUUGCCAACGCCUUCCAACCCGCGAUACCGGACACCUACCCGAACGUCAUCUCCUGA